CCGGUAGGCGGGGUUGCCUGGUCGGCGUUUACUCUCUGGCUCAGAAGGCGCGCCUAGCAAAGGGGCAUUAACUUGGCACCUCGGACUCCAAGAGGCUCCCAGGGCAUCUGCACCUUUAGCGUCUCCAGCUCCAGGAAGCGGUCGUCCGCAACGUACAGCGAGAAUUGUGGCGAACUUCAUCCGUGUGUGGGUGGGAGGCCGCGGGACACGCCGGUCCUCCCGUCCCCGCAUCCGGGCAGGGUUAGCUGUGGACGGCGCCCUCCCAGCGACGACCCCUCGCCAGACACCCCUCGGGAAUGGAGCAGUCGCCGUGUGGCAGCAGAGGCCGAGGCGGCGGCCGAGCCCACCUGGUCCCGGGGCUGGUGGCCGCGGCCCCUCCGCCCCGGUCUCCGGCGCUGCCAGUGCCCCUGGGGGUACCAGUUCCUCCAACUUUCCUGCGGCCACCCAGCCUCUUUCUGCGGGCAGCCGCCGCCGCCCCCACGGGAAGCGGAGGCUGCCUGCCGGCCGCCGGACUGGAGAGGGGGCCGGGCGCGGUGGGCUGCGGCUACCCGCGGACCCCCAAGUGCGCCCGUUGCCGCAACCACGGCGUCGUGUCAGCACUCAAGGGCCACAAGCGUUUCUGCCGCUGGCGGGACUGCGCGUGUGCCAAGUGCACCCUGAUCGCCGAGCGCCAGCGCGUCAUGGCCGCCCAGGUGGCGCUGCGCAGGCAGCAGGCCCAGGAAGAAAGCGAGGCCCGCGGGCUGCAGAGGCUUCUGUAUUCUGGACCCUCGGGGCCCGGGAGUCAGACGUCCGGGAGCCGCAGAGCGGAGACUCCCCGGGCCUUGAGCGGCCCUGUGACGGUGACUGCGCUGGGACUGGGGGCCUUGAGGCAGGCUAGCGAUCCGGUGACCCCUGCUUUCGAGGUUUUCCAGCCAGACUAUACGGAGGAAAAACAAGAACAAAAAGAGAGUAAGCGUAACUCAUGCCAGAGUGGACAAGAAGAACCGGUCUCCAAAUCCCAUCAACUUGCCCUGGGAUCAUCUCCUAAGUCUAAUGGUGUCAUUGGAAAACAAAACUUCAGGUCGUCUGUUUCAGAAAAGUCAAACAAGGAUGAUACCUUUCAGUCUCCUCACCCUGGAGAACAGUCAGGAGGCGAAGAGAGUCCCAGGUCCCUAUCAUCCUCUGAUUUGGAAUCAGGAAAUGAAAAUGAGUGGGCCAAAGACUUUAUUGCUUCCAGAGCCAGACUUCCCACAGUGUCCUCAAGAUCAAGGGACCCUCUGGAUAUCCUUACCAAGAUAUUCCCAAGUUACAGGCGCAGCCGUCUAGAAGGCAUUCUACAGUUCUGCAAAGGCGAUGUGGUUCAAGCCAUUGAACAGGUCCUAAAUGGUAAAGAACACAAACCAGGCACCAGGGACCUAGCAAGCUCAGGAGAAUUGGAAAAUACAGCUUUUCAGAGAGGUUCAAAUUUUAGUUUAGCUGGAAUUGGUUUUGGAACUCUAGGGAAUAAAUCAGCUUUUUCUCCUCUUCAAACUACUUCUGCUUCUUACGGAGGUGACUCAAAUCUCUACAGCUUAAAUCCUAGACUAGGUAUCAAUCCAUUACGGCUGGCAUAUUCCUCUCCAGGAAGAGGACUGUCUGGUUUCAUGUCACCCUAUCUAACUCCUGGGUUGGUCCCAGGAUUGCCUUUUCGGCCUGCCUUGGAUUAUGCCUUUUCAGGGAUGAUUAGAGAUUCUUGCUACCUUCCCAGCAAAGACUCAGUAGCUGGUGGCAGACCAUAUUCCAGGUCAAAUCAAGACAAUCUGUAAUGCAUCUGCCUCUUCUCCCUUUCUGGAGUAUUUCUAGAAGCAUGCAAUAAAACCCCCAUCCCUACCCCCAAACACCCACAUCUAUUCAUGUGUUCACUAUGUAUGGUGAGUGGAUUAUCAUGCCUUAAAAAUGUUAGUUUAUUUUACAAGCAAUAUUAUAGACUUGGGAUUUAAAGAUUCUUCUUCAGCAUUUAUUAAGCAUUUAAACAUUAUGCGUGCCUUGAAUAAAGCCAUUUCGGGAAAUAUUUCUACUUUAAAUGAAUUUUCUCUGUAAAAUAUGUUGUAAAAUUCCUAUUUUAAAACUGUACUUGUUUUUAUUUUAUUGAAAAGUGGAGUUUAUACUUGUAAAAUACAUUGUAAGUGUAAAGCAGUUCAGCAUUACAUAGAAUUAACCAAAAGGAAGAAUUUAAGAAAUUGAGGUAAUUCUAAAUAAUUAUUAUCUUAACUUUUCCUUUCCUUCUGUUUCUUGUGUACAGGAGAGAAAAAAGUUAUUAAACUUAAAAAAAAAAUUCUCAUACAAGUGAUUACUAAAACUUUUGAGAAAUUUAAGUUUCUCAUUUUUUUCUGAAUGCCUUAUUUUUCAUUCUUUUCUCUCAGUUGUGGUAAGUGCCAUUAAUAAAACUUUUAUUGUAGGAAAACAUUGUGAAUUAUAUAAAAGCCUGUGAAGUAAAUCUUAGGAAAUGAGACUGCGCCAUCUCCUGGUCACUAUCCCUAAUUACAACUAAGUUUUGGUGGAGUAUAGGAAUUAGAAGCAAAUGGUAUAAACUAACCAUUUUUUGAAAUGGUCAUUUUGGAUCAUGCUACAUAGAAAUUUUCAGACUAUAAAGUGAACAUCUACUAUGGAUGAGGAUUUUAAUCUUUAAGUACACUUAUGCGUGCAUCUUGGGAAAUAUCCCUUUCCCUAUGUUUAUUACAAGAAUAUGGCAGCCAUUCUUAAAAGUUAAAAAUAAUUUUAUUCAGAAAAUUUAAAAAGCUACUAGGAUGAAUAUUGACUGACUAUAGAUAGAUAAUGCUUAACACACUAGGGAGAGAUAGAAGAUUUCCAAAGGGGAAAAAUUGUCAUUAAAUUUUAGAGGUUUUCUUGAGAUUUUAAAAAUAGUUUUUGUUCUCCAUCUGGAGCAUUUGAAAACUAUUUCAGUCAGUGAAAAGUCCCUGAGAAAAUUGCUUACAAAACAAUUCUAUGAAGUUUUCUUUAUAUGUCAUCAAUUUUUUUUUAAGGACAGUAGCUUUAUUAUUAUUGUCAGGAAUAAAAGGAAACCCAGCUGCGGUAUAAGAUAGUUAAUGAAUUAGAGAUGGCUUAAACAAUUUCAGCAGCAUGAUUCACUAAAGAUUUCUUUAAUUAUAUGUGUGUGUGUGUGUCUACAUAUACAGAGAGAGACACACACACACACAUAUAAACACACAUAUAUAUUAUACACUCAAGCCCUAUUAGGUCUGUUAUCAUGAUUGCUUUUCCAUGAAGCCAAAUAAGAAUGUAUUUCUAAAGUAUAUUUUACCAGUAUCAUUUAUGAAUGCAUAGUAUCUGAUGCUUAUUUAAGAUGUAAAUGUGUUUGAGUAUGGAUUAUUUUUAAUGGUGUGAACGUGGGAAAGCAGAUGUUGCAAAGAUUUGAUGCAAUCAAUAUUCAUUAUUUAUAAAAAAUUGAAACCUAAGUGGUACAAUGACUGGGAAGUAGUUGAUACACAAUUAAUAUAUACUGAGUGAAAAAACCAUUUUGGAUAAUAGAUUUCUUUGAGACUGAUAAAACCAAAGAAUUCUACAAAAUGGCCUAUAGACAUAUAGUUUUCCAUGCAAUUUCAUGGGGUUCUUGAUACCUAAAUACCAUUUCUCAUUCUGUUUAGAAUUGUUGGUGAUUCUUAAAUUGUUUCCAUUGCAUUAAUUUGAAUUCCAUUGCAUGAAUUCCAUUCCAUUAAUUAUCAGUACUAUCUUUUGAAAGUGCUAGAGCCUCUAGAGGAUUCCAAAUAUAAAAUAUUGCACUCUCAAGGAAGUUACAUUAUAUAGUGGCGAUCUGGUUAAAAAAUACAAAAAUGCUAGAGUUGCUGGAUUCUUUGUGUGGUUUAUAGAAUGAUGUGCAUGUAUCUGUUACAGAGAAUUGUUUUUGAACUAGAGAGAACAUCCAUUUUGGGCAGUAUUCAAAUUUUAAAAAAUUAUUUUAUAAUCUCAAAACAUAUAUUAAUGUACCUGAUGCUUUAUACAUUUCAUACACUUUAAAAUAAUUGUAGAACUUAAAUCAUUUUAUAGAAUAGGUUGUUUUGUCCAACAAUUAGAUUGAAUGUGAGGAAAUUGAGGCUCAGCAGUAGUGUUGUCUAUCACUAGGUUUACAAUGAGAGUUGCAGUCAUCAGGUGUGGAAGUUACUUCCCCAAUUCAAUUAGACUAUAAGGUCUGAAGGAUUCAUGUCUGUCCACUCAAAGCUUUGAAUAGAAUCUGGCACAUAAUAGGUGCUCAAGUGACAGUGUACACUUAUUGAAUUAAGUAAAAGAUAAAGCAUUAGCUUAAAAAUCCAUUUAUUUAGUGACUAUUUAUAAGCACCUACUUUGUGCCAGGUACUGUGCUAGACAGAGGGGAUAAAGAGGUAAGAUUCAAGUCCUUGCCUCGGGUUGCCUGUAGUUCAUAUAACUAUAUGUACAAAAACAAGCAGAUAACCAAUGUUGGUACUGUUUGACAGUGCUGGCCCUUCAGUGAGUUCUGUGUGAUAUGAGGUUUAUGCCCAUGGAUGCUGCUUGAUGUCAACUCCUAGGCCACUAAUGAGGGGUGGGGAGAAAAAGGGAGAACAUGUGUUUCCAUAUAGUGUGUUUCAGAAAGUCCAUUACAUUUGUCUGAAAGGUAAACAGCUCUCAGGUCUAUGAUGAUAAAAGUAGGCAAAGAGGACACUUUUGUGCAUUUGAAAGGAGAUUUGUGUGGAAGUCACCCUCGCUUCCUCAUGGCCUCUGGCUGAGAGUUAUGGUCUGAUUCCAGUCCCAGUGCUGCUCUUCUGGAAUUCCUCUGAUUCAGUGCAUAGGCGUCCAGGUCUCAGCUCUUGUCUAGCUAUUUUGUGAAAAUGGGUUAGAGUUGAAAGGACGACUGAAAAGCAUGUGAGUCAAAUGAUCUAGUUUUUCUCUGCAACUUGAGUCAAAAAGAUUCUGGAAUUUGAAGAUGCCUCUCCUAGAGAUUCCUAACUGUGAACUUGGAACUAAGAAAACUAUGAAGUGGCCUAUCCAUUCAAUUCUCUAUUUGUAUAAGUGUGUUUCCCUUAGACAUUUGUUUAUGUUGGAAAUUAAAAAACCUUCAGCAUACAAGAAAAGCCUGGGACAAAGCACUUUGUCAUAUACACUGUAAAUAGAAUCAUUCUCCCCCCACACAAAAUGAUAUGAAGCACAUCAUUAAUUUCAUGAAGGCAAAGCUUUCCCCAGGGUACCUUGAUUCUGAAAUAUAGAAGCUCAUCCUUUAGGU